AUGACAGAUAAGGUAAAACUGACUUCCUCAAAAUUAUCAAUACUUAUUUGCCCUUUCACUUUUAUCAAGUGUUAACCUAAGUCAGUUGUUGAAGAUGUUUAGACUUAGAAUAUUCAAGUGGCUUAAUUGAAAGCAAUAAAACUAGGAGUAGUACUUGAUCCAUUGAAAGUUACUGAAUAAGUAAACUAAGUACAAUAGGAAAUAGAUGAGAUCCAAGGGUCAAAUUAAAUAGAUUUAAUUGGAUCACUUGUAGUGUAUUCCUAAUCUUAAAUGGGUUAAGUCAUUAUUUGUGAUGUAGGACAUAAAUUAGUAAUUUUUAUGCUCAAAGUUUCUGAACAAUACACCGAAGCAUGA